AUGACAGAAUGUUCUCUACAGUGCCUCCCUAUGCAUCAGCACCUUCAAAUGCAGCUCCAGAAUCAGUCUCGCUUGGCUCCGGCCUCCCCUGCUCCUGCUCAGACACCCCCUCUCCACACCGUCCCCGACCUGACAAACAGCUCGCACAGCGACUUCUACACGGUUCACACCGACAUGAAUUCAGAGGUGGACGCACUGGACCCAAGUAUUAUGGACUUCGCCUGGCAAGGAAACCUGUGGGAGGAGAUGAAGGAUGACAGCUUUAACCUGGAGGCAUUAGGUACACUCAGUAACUCCCCACUUCGGCUGUCUGACUGUGACCUGGACACUGGCAAUGUCACGCCUGUGUCCAAUGCAGGAGGACUGCCUUACCCAGACCUGCAGGUGACAGGCCUCUACUCUUCAUACUCGGCUGUGGAUGCCCUUUCUAACCAGUACAUGAACACACAAGGAGCAACAAAGCCUAUCGUUUUGCUUUAAUUGCACCAGCAAGAAAUUAAACAAGCUGAGCUUUACUUCCCAGGACCAUCUAUAAAGCUUUCAAUCCUAGCCUUCGUGGCGUGUCAGACUCCAAAAAACAUCCUGCAACACAGAUUUCUUCCAAGGCAGCCAAAAAUGUUUAGCAAAAUUGUUGCAACAUCAGAUAGAAAGCAUUACGAUAUCCUGAACUGAGUAGCAUUUAUGGUGACGUCACAGUAUUCAAAGGUGUCAUUUGCAUUGACUGUAUUAAUUGCAUUAAAAGCAAUGGGUUUGAAGGGACCAAAUC